UGUUUUGCUGGAAGCUCCCCUGCUUUGGACUUUUGAAGCUCCUGGCUAUGGAGCUCACAGGCGCGGGUAAGGAUUCUUCCCAUUGUCUCCUUCCCUCCAGGUUCUUGUUUUCACCCCUCUUGUCCUGGAAUUGAUCCAGAUUCUUUACUGUAUGAUCAGUCUCCUCAUUGAAUCUCUGGCAGUGUCUCUCAUCUCCCUUCAAACUCUCAAUCCUUGAUAGGCAAUUCUUGCAGAGGCAUAGCUCUGAUCACAAGGAGGAGAAGAACAAUCUAGGAAGAAUAAAGGAGGAAAAUCAUCAAGAUCAUGGCAACAGUUCCAGCAACUCCAGCCUAUGCUCUGGCAGCCACAGUCCCAGAGUGGCUCAACAAGGGAGACAAUGCCUGGCAGCUGACAGCAGCCACACUGGUGGGGAUGCAGAGCGUUCCAGGCCUGGUGAUCCUCUAUGGCUCCAUUGUCAAGAAGAAGUGGGCAGUGAAUUCAGCCUUCAUGGCACUCUAUGCCUUUGCUGCAGUGCUCAUCUGCUGGGUGGGCUGGGCUUACAGGAUGGCAUUUGGUCACAAGCUCCUCCCAUUCUGGGGCAAGGCAGAUGUGGCCCUUGGCCAGAAGUACCUCAUGCAGCAGGCAUCCAUCCCUUCCUCUGGUCACUACUACAAGAAUGGGACCGUGGAGACUGCAGAGAUCACUCCAUUCUACCCAAUGGCCACCAUGGUCUACUUCCAGUUUGUGUUUGCUGCAAUCACUGUCAUCCUCAUUGCUGGGUCUCUGCUGGGGAGGAUGAAUUUCAGGGCCUGGAUGAUAUUUGUUCCACUAUGGCUCACUUUCUCUUACACUGUGGGGGCCUAUAGCUUGUGGGGUGGAGGAUUCUUGUUCCACUGGGGGGUGAUUGACUACUCUGGGGGCUAUGUCAUCCAUGUUUCAGCUGGCACUGCUGGUUUUGUUGCUGCCUAUUGGGUUGGGCCAAGGCUGACCAAGGACAGGGAGAGAUUCCCACCGAACAACAUUCUCCUCACACUCACCGGAGCUGGGAUGCUAUGGCUGGGCUGGAAUGGAUUCAAUGGCGGCGACCCCUACGCUGCAAACAUCGACGCCUCCAUCGCCGUGCUCAACACCAACAUCUGCGCCGCAACCAGCCUCAUCGUCUGGACGAUCCUCGACGUUACGUUCUUCAACAAGCCGUCGGUCAUCGGUGCUGUCCAGGGAAUGAUCACUGGCCUCGUCUGCAUCACUCCAGGAGCUGGUGUUGUCCAGUCCUGGGCUGCUAUCGUGAUGGGCAUUUGCUCCGGUUCCAUCCCCUGGUUCACCAUGAUGGUCGUUCACAGACGAUCCACACUACUCCAAAAGGUGGAUGAUACUCUUGGCGUCUUCCACACGCACACCGUGGCCGGAGUUCUCGGAGGAGGCCUCACGGGGCUGCUAGCCGAGCCGGUUCUAACUUCAUACUUCGUGCCCGUGACUGGUUCUCGGGGUGGCUUCUACGGAGGUGUCGGAGGUGGCCAGUUUGGACGGCAGAUCGCAGGAGCGCUGUUUAUCAUCGGCUGGAAUAUCGUGGCCACCACCAUCAUUCUGCUCGCCAUUCGGCUCUUUGUGCCACUCCGGAUGCCGGACGACGAGCUGCAAGUUGGCGAUGAUGCUGUGCACGGAGAGGAGGCGUAUGCGCUGUGGGGCGACGGUGAAAAGUAUGAGGCGUCGAGGCACGGCAACGAUGAUAUUCAUCACGAUGGUGGAAACGGCCGGAAGGUCACUGUGCAAGUUUAGGCUCAAUGGAGAAGAGAAAAGUCAGAACCAAACAGGAACGCAUACAACAGGUGAAAUUUUAUCUAGAUUCUUUUGACAGGAAAAGGAAACAAAAGAAAAAGGCUUACCGUACCUGAACCUGAGCGUCGCAGAUUGCCUUGAUUUCAUACAAUCAACUUUAGUUGUUUCCGAGAAUGAAAAAAACUCUUUCACUCAAAA